CUUGACGGACGUAGUGUUCUACGACGCCGACGCCGAGAUGCCGGACAGCGUGUCCUGCGGACGGAACAAUGGCGGCUGUCACCAAGUCUGCAUCGUCGAUAACAACAUCCCGCGAUGUGCCUGCAGGUUCGGCUUUACCCUGCAAGACGACGGCGUCACGUGUGCUGCAAGUUUCGUCACUGCCAACUUCUUUCUGACCACGGAGCCAGUGCAGUCGGCAGUUUAUCAGAUCACGACUGACGAUGACGUGUCAGCCCUCCCAGUCUCCCGAGGCUCUCAACCCGCAUGCGCCAUCUACAAUCAGCUGACUAAUGACGUCAUUUGGUUCGACAACGCAACCAGCGCCAUCAAACGGUCCUCCACGUCAAAUGAACACGUGACAGAGCAAGUCCUUCUGACUCUGAGUCAAUCGAAUAAGGUGACCUCAAUGAGGAUCGACUACUCCACCGGCAACUUGUAUUUUGCCGAAACCACGGAGAAUGAGAGCAAUGGCUGGGUUCGAGUCCUCUCUUUGAAGAACGGCGCUCUUCACACGAUCACAUCGACUGUUGCAGUCCGGUACCUGGACAUCGCCCCACAGCAAGGAUACCUUGUUUAUGGUUCCACGACCGGAAGUAUUUACAAGUCAGACAUGGCGGCUGAGACUCCGCAACUGUUGAAAAGCGGCCUUGUGGGGCUGUCUGGACUCACUUUCACUAGCAAUGGGAUGUCGGUUGUGUGGUCAGACUGGGUAAAGGAUGAGAUAGUGGAGCGACCCCUCGACACCCUCAGUGACAAGAUUCGGUUACAGAAAGCAGGCAGCUUUCCAUAUUCUGUGAUGACUUGGGGUGAUGACCUGUAUUACCUCAGCAAGAAAAGCCUAAGCAUUAAUCGCCUGACACCCACCAAUCAGGAAUCAGAGGUACACCAAUUUCCUCAGUUGGGAAUGCUCACAUCUUUGACCUUUCAGGGGUCAGCUCCUACAUCUCCAUCCACCGCUUGCAGUGACCGCAACGGCCGCUGCAGCACGCUCUGCAUCCCUACGCCCAACGGAGCCCGGCAGUGCGCAUGCGCGUAUGGUGUGGAACUGCUGGACGAUAAGAGAACAUGCAAAAACGUGGAGCCAUGCAGUGGCGCAAUCCCCAAUGGUGACCUGGACGUGACCUGCGACCGGUACCCGGGGUAUGCCUGUGACUUUACCUGCAGACAAGGUUAUAUCAAAAGCGUGCACACCUCUAUUCUCUGUCUGAAUACGGGUUUGUGGAAUGUGUCCAUCAACAAACUCUGCCCGCAGGCAUGCCCCACACGGUUUCCAAACGGAGGCGUGGAGACUUCCUGUCAACCUGCGCCUGGCCAAUCAUGCACUGGGACAUGUGACUUGGGCUACCAAUCAGCGAGCGGCAAGAGUUUUACACUCACGUGUGGAGAGAAUGGUCAGUGGAUUCCAGAUGUCAAUUCUCUUUGCUACCAACCAUGCACCCCGCAAUUUCAAAAUGGCGUCAUGGAUACUUCCUGUCGACCUGAGCCUGGACAAUCGUGCACUUUCAUUUGUAGCUCGGGCUACCAAUCAGCGACGGGCACAAAUGUAAACGUCACGUGCGGCGCCAAUGGUCAGUGGACUCCAGCCGUCAAUUCUCUUUGUGUCGAUCCAGGACAAAGUCAAGGACAAGGUGCAAGUCAAGGCUUUCCUGACUACGCCAUUGGUCUCGUGUCCGCUGGGGGCGUGGCCAUAGUGGCUCUGGUUGUGGGGUACAUCUUGUACUCUCGAAUGAAGCGCUACAGGGGACACAAUCCUAAAGACAGUAUUUCCGGAUUCAUUAAAAAGAAGGUGCUGUCACGUACGAGCAGUGCUGACAGCACAGCAACUGUCAGAUAUACCACCAGCCCCGCAGUCAGGACUCAUGAUGUGGACAGUCUCUAUGAUGAAAUCCCAGCCUCCAUGGUCUAUGGUCAGACCAACAAUGGCUUCCAGCCAGACAGCCUCGACUCUUCUUUCUCUCGUUCACCGCACGUGACCUCUGACCAAAAGGGUAUUUAUGAUACCAGCUAUAUCACACUCAUAGACUACGCAGAGCCCAUCGAUGAGAAAAGCCCACAGCCUUGCCCACGUACAUCCUUGAAGCAGUCAGUAAAUAAUGGUUACCUGACAACCUCCAUGCAUGAAGGAAACCUACAAAAUUGCCGACAGUCCUCUUCAAGCCAGCUACCAGACAAUGGGUACCUGAGAGUCUCCCUGGAUGGAAAAAACCCACAGCCUUGCCCACGAUCCUCCGUGAAACAGGAUGCAGCAGCUGGGUACCUUAGCCCAGGAUCACCUGAUGUGCUGGGCUUCACCAACCCAGCCCCUGACUAUGAGUAAACAGGAAUCAGCGAGUUCGGCAGUUUUUAAAAACUUGUUUCCAGACAAUUUUUGUGAUUAAUUUUUUCAUUGACUUCAUGCAGAAAUUUAUCGUCUGCGAAGGUGUCCAUUAACUGACGUCUUGAGGUGAACACUUCAAUGUCCUUAGUCCCAGCAAAAAUAUUGUGUAAGAAGUGCAUGUAACAUUUUAAGUAGUAAUAUGCGUGACUUUAUAAGUGUAUAUGUAUAUAUGUAUAUAUAACAGCAACAGAAACAAACGCAAAAAUCAAAAAUCACUUCAAGACAAUCAUUGGUUUGGACAGCCAAACUCUAAGCAGCGAGUAUCGACAACACAAGGUUAAGAACUGAUCACACUCACCAGGGAACACACACAUACACACCUACUGACAGGCCAAAGAAAAUGUAGUGAACAGUUAGUCCCUGUGCUGUAUAUGCCUGAUAUUUACAAAUAUAUAAGAUGUGUUUCUCUCUCAGAUAUAGUAUAAUAAUCGUAUCUUCGGCACCACAUAAACUUUCGAACGUGUAUCUACUUCAUAUGAACAGUCUUUCUAUUCAUUGUACUCCACCUGUGAUGUGGAGAGUCGAUCUACUUCGUCACCGUCUUUCUAUUCAUUGUGCAACCGUUUCAAGCACACGCACACGUGUACAAACACGUUGAUAUACACGUGCUGUGUAGCGCCUUCCUGCUCACAACCACUAGUACACAUUCUUUGACGUCAUCACGAGCACAAACACGUCUAGAGCACUUCUGACGUCAUUAUACUCUAGUGCGACAUUUUUUGUACGACGUCAACACGAGCACAAGCACGUCUAGAGCACUUCUGACGUCAUCAUGCUGACAUAUCUAGUGCGACAUUUUUUGUAUGACGUCAGCAUACUCACAUGCUUCAUUCUCUAGUUCCCCAAAGCGAUAAUCUCUCACAAAGAUGUAAUAAUGUGGUGUGAGUUAUAUGUGGUGUUAUAUUUCACACAUAUAUGUAACGCGUUUAUUCUAAUGCUUUUUUUUUGGUGUAUUUAUAUAUUCUUUAUUAAAAUAAAAAUUUAAAAUUAA